AUGGAUACCGACUUGGAUGUUGUCAUUGUCGGUGCCGGCAUCUCUGGCAUCAAUGCGGCAUACCGCAUUCAAUCUCAGUUCCCCAACUAUCGUUAUACUAUCCUAGAAGCCCGCGAUGCUCUUGGCGGUACCUGGGAUUUCUUUAAAUACCCCGGCAUUCGCUCCGACUCCGAUCUCUUCUCCUUCGGCUUCUCGUGGUUCCCCUGGGAUGGCAACAGCCCUAUCGCCGAGGCCCCCUCUAUUGUCUCAUACUUGCAUCGCGCCACUCGCAAACAUGGCAUCGACAAGAAAAUCCGCUACCAGCACCGUCUCCUCGGCGCCGACUGGUCCUCGUCUGACCAGCUCUGGUCCCUGACCGUCGACCACGAUGGGCAAUCUCGCGCCCUGACUGCACGGUUCGUCAUUUUUGGCACCGGCUACUACGACUACAGACAACCUCUUGAAGCCGAUAUCCCGAACCUCUCCCGGUUCACUGGGGAAGUCAUCCAUCCUCAAUUUUGGCCCAAUUCCCUCGACUACAGCAACAAGAACAUCGUAGUAGUCGGCUCCGGCGCCACAGCUAUCACCUUGAUCCCCAAGCUGGCCGAGAAGACCGCGCGGGUAACCAUGCUGCAGCGCAGUCCAACCUACAUCCUCUCCCUUCCCAACAGCAACCGCUCGUGGUACAGCUACAUCUUGCCCGCCGCCCUCUCGCGGCGCAUUCAGCGCAUCACCUGGUUCAUCAGCGGCCACCUCUUCUUCCUGUUCUGCCGGACCUUCCCUACCAUUGCGCGCUUUCUCCUCCGCCUCUCCGUCUCCGGCCAACUCCCAGCCCACGUACCCCACUCCCCGCACUUCAAACCCCGCUACAACCCCUGGGAUCAGCGUCUCUGCAUCUGCCCGGACGGCGACUUCUUCCGCGCCCUGCACACCGGCCACGCCGACGUGAAAACAGAUACCAUCUCCACCGUCACUGAAUCCGGUGUCGAGCUCUCCUCCGGCGGUUCCCUCUCCGCAGACAUCAUCGUCACAGCCACAGGGCUAAGACUGCUCAUGGCCGGCGGCGCUUCCGUCACCGUCGACGGUGAACCCAUCCACAUCCCGAGCAAGUUCCUCUGGCACGGCAUGAUGAUGCAGGAUCUGCCCAAUGCAGCGUUCGUGAUCGGGUACACGAAUGCGUCGUGGACGUUGGGCGCCGACGCUACGGCGUUGUUUGUCUGUCGGUUGUUGAAGCAGUUGGAGACGGCUGGUGCGAAGGUAGCCAUUCCACGGUUGCAGCCGGGUGAGGCGGGAAGCCUAAAGGAGCGGCCGCUUUUGAAUUUGAACUCAACGUAUAUCACCCGCGCGUCGGGGGCGUUGCCGAAGGCGGCGGAUCGGGGACCGUGGGUGUCGCGGGGGAAUUAUCUGAGGGAUGUGUGGUUUGCGGAACAUGGGAAUUUGGAUGGUGGCUUAGAUUAUGGAUGA